AUGGAACAUACGACUGGAGGAGAUGGACUGGACGCCAAACAGCCUGCUCUGCUGCAAGGUCAGCAUGCUGCUAAGAAGGAGCAGUCUAUGACAUUAUGGGAAGCAGUGAAGUUAUACCCUAAAGCUGUCGGCUGGUCUGUGCUUCUCUCAUCAACGCUUAUCAUGGAGGGGUACGAUCUCGCCCUGCUAAGCUCCAUGUAUGCCUCGCCAGCUUUCAACCAGAAAUUCGGCGUCCAGGGCCCAGACGGUAAAUGGGCUGUUCCGGCCUCCUGGCAAUCCGGCCUAUCCAACGGAGCGCGAUGCGGAGAAGUAAUCGGACUCCUGAUCAACGGUCUUGUGUCCGAGCGUCUGGGGUACAGACGAACUAUGAUAUGCGCCCUGGCGACAAUCACUGCGGUAAUCUUUAUUUUCUUCUUCGCUGUCAAUGUGGAGAUGCUUCUUGCUGCGGAGAUCUUGGCCGGCAUACCGUGGGGUAUCUUCCAAACAUUACCUGCGGCUUAUGCGUCGGAAGUUUGUCCGGUUGUCCUUCGUCCAUAUCUGACGACCUUCAUCAACAUGUGCUGGGUGUUCGGUCAAUUUGUCGCCGUCGGCGUGAACCGAGGAUCUAUAUCGCGCGAUGACCAGUGGGCCUAUCGGAUCCCCUUCGGUGUGCAGUGGGUGUGGCCAUUGCCCAUCAUGCUGGGUUGUCUUUUUGUUCCUGAGUCGCCUUGGUGGCAUGUUCGACAAGGGAACGUUCAAGGGGCUCGACGAGCUCUGCAAAGACUUACGUCUGGCAGCGAUCCCAACUUCGAUAUAGAUGAAACGAUCGCCAUGAUUCAGCAUACCAAUGAGCUGGAGGCGUCUCUCUCGAGUGGAACAUCGUACUGGGAUUGUUUCAAGGGCACAAACCUGCGCCGGACAGAAGUUGUAUGUGUCGUGUGGCUGGUUCAAACGCUCUGUGGCCAGAAUCUGAUGGGUUAUUUUGCCUAUUUCAUGGUCCAGGCCGGUCUACCACCUAUCCAAUCCUUCAAUUUAUCGCUGGGACAAUAUGCACUUGGUGUGAUUGGUACACUGGGAUCAUGGUUCCUAAUGACCGUUGCCGGUCGCCGAACCAUGCACAUCUGUGGCCUUUCCUGUUUGUUUUUACUUCUCAUCAUUACUGGGAGUCUGUCAUUCGCCGAUAGUGAUGGUGCAAAAUGGGCUAUUGGAGUGAUGCUGAUUAUCUUUACAUUCUGUUACGACAUCACCGUGGGCCCAGUGACGUACUCUCUUGUCUCGGAGCUCUCUUCAACGCGUCUCAAGGCUAAGACCAUCGUUCUCGCCCGCUCAUUAUACAACAUCAGCAAUAUAGUCGUGAAUGUUUUGACCAAUUACCAACUGAGUUCUACAGCGUGGGGCUGGGGUGCAAGGAGCGCAUAUUUUUGGGCGGGCACCUGCUUGCUCAGCCUUGUUUGGGCAUUCUUCAGGCUUCCAGAGCCGAAGGGGCGAACAUACGAAGAGUUGGAUUUGCUCUUUGAGAGACGUGUGUCAGCUAGAAAAUUUGCACAGACCUCGGUUGAUCCUUAUGAAGGCGAGGCAGUGGAAAUACGGGAAGAUCAUGCCAAUAAGGAUUGA